GUCAACGUUCUUGAAACAGAAACAACGAUUUUCCCCCUUGCGGAUAUUAUUGUCACUGCCUUAUCUCCUACAUAUACAAAAUCAGUCACAGACACAUGCAACGAUCUCUCCAAUAAAAGGAAGUCAGAUAGAGCAUGGGAACCAAGUGAUGUUGAGUCGUCCCUGCGAGCGUGAAACGUGUUCCGUGAUGUAAUCAACGCAUUCUACCAAAGAAUACUGAAACUCUCAACAGUCUCACGAGUAAAGUAACCGAAGCAACAUACAUAGCUGUCACAACAGAUUUCGUAACCGCCUCACUCAAGCUCAAUCAACAUGGAAUACUUAACAAUCGCCUUAUCAGUAACUGCUGUACUUAUAGCCUGUUACUAUUACUAUCUAAAGAAUCUAAACGUACUCAAAAGAUACGGGAUCCCACACAUUCCGCCUACACCAAUAGUGGGAAACUUGGGACCGGUGUUAGCAAUGAAGUGCAGCAUGAUGGAAAUGAUAAAGAAGGUAUACAAUAUCGAUUCAGAAGCCAAAUACGUAGGAUUCUACGACCUAGGCGUUCCAAUGAUCUUCAUUCGCGACGUGGAGCUCCUCAAAACCAUCGGUAUGAAGAAUUUCGAUCAUUUCCAAGAUCACCAAGGAUUCUUCGACACCAGUGUAGAUACUCUAUUUGGAGGAUCAUUGUUCUUCCUGCAUGGUGACUACUGGAAGAACCAACGAUCCACAGUGACCCCAAUAUUCACCUCCAGCAAAAUCAAGAACAUGUUCAAGAUAAUGACAGACUGUGGAGAACGAAUUACCGAUUAUCUAUUAAAAUUACCUGAAGAGGAACGGGAAAUAGAGAUGAAGUCAGUGUUGUCCAAGUACACCAACGACGUUAUCGCCAGCUGUGCAUUCGGUAUCGAGGUGGAUAGCGUCAAAGAUCCAAAUAAUGAGUUGUACGUAAAUGGUCAGCGUACGAUGUUGUUCGUCGGUUUUGGUCAGUUCAUCAAGAUAUUGAUGUACAGAAACGUACCUUCUUUGAUAAAGUUGCUGCGAAUCAGGUUCUUCGCGAAGAAUCUUGCCGAUUUCUUUCAGAACCUGCUGCUGGACACUGUGAAGACAAGAGAAGAGAAGGGAAUCUACAGGCCAGACAUGCUCCAGGUGAUGAUCGACGCUAAGAAUAAAAAUGAACCAGGAAAAACGUUAACUAUCUCUGAGGUAAUUUCUAAUGCCUAUGGAUUCUACUUCGGUGCUUACGAGACAGUGGCCAUGCAGUCGUCCUUCGUGUUCCAUCUACUGGCAGAGCAUCCUGAUGUUCAGAGGAAACUGCAAGAAGAGAUAGACAAGGUAUUAGAGGAGAACGAUGGACAGUUGACCUACGACGCCGUUAUGAAGAUGGAAUACUUGGAAGCAGUCAUCUACGAAACCAUGAGGUUGUACCCCAACGCCUUCUUCCUGGACAGAGUCUGCACGAAGACUUACGAACUGCCACCAGCAGUACCUGGUGCCAAACCCUACACCUUGAGACCUGGAAUGACUCUCUGGAUCCCUGUGUGUGCAAUUCAUACCGACUCGAAACACUACGAGAAUCCGGACAAAUUUGACCCGGAGAGAUUCGUGACUGAUGGUAAAAGGAUACUGAACUCGGGAGCGUUCAUACCUUUCGGAUUUGGACCCAGGAUGUGCAUCGGGCACAGGUUCGCGAUGACGAAGAUGAAGGUGAUAGUUUGUCAGACUCUGUCUCGCUGUCAAUUUAAGUUGGCUUCGAAGAGCCAGCUUCCUUUGGAAAUACUGAAAGGAUCAUUCGCUGCGAUCCCCAAGAAUGGGUUCCGGCUGAAGGUUGAACCUAGGAAGAAUGUUAUCUUCGAGAUGGAGUACUUGACAAUUACAUUAUCAGUAGUGGCCAUCCUCACGGCCAUUUACUAUUAUUACCUGAAGAAUCUGAACGUAUUCAAAAAAUAUGGGAUCCCACACAUUCCGCCAAAACCAAUUGUGGGAAAUUUUGGAUCUAUGAUGACCAUGCAGUCCUCCAUACUUGACAUCGUGCAAAAAGUCUACGAUCUUUGUCCAGACGCUAAAUACGCGGGUAUGUACGAGUUUACGAGUGCCACCAUUCUCUUACGUGACUUGGACCUCAUCAAAUCUAUCUGCGUGAAGAACUUCGACUCCUUCCAGGACCACCGUGGCUUCCUCGACAAGAAAGCAGAUCCGUUAUUUGCUGGAGUACUGUUUUUCCUGGACAGUGAGGAAUGGAAGGGUCAAAGAAACCUAGUGUCUCCAGUGUUCACCUCCAGCAAGAUCAAGACUAUGUUCAAGCUAAUGUCAUCCUGCGCGGUACGUUUCGCUGACUACCUAUCGAAACUACCCGAAAGUGAACGCGAGUUCGAGUUGAAAUCGGUUUUGUCGAAAUUCACCAACGACGUGAUCGCCACCUGUGCUUUCGGUAUCGAAGUAGACACCAUCAAAGAUCCAAACAACGAGCUGUUCGUGAAAGGUAAACAAGCUGUCAAUAUGGGUGGUUUCAUCAGCCUCGCGAAGCAAAUGGUGAACAGGAACAUACCGUUUCUGGCGAACAUGUUGAACUUCACAUUCCUGCCGAAAAAUCUUGCCAAGUUCUUCGAGGACCUGAUAAACGACACGAUGAAGACCAGACAGGAAAAGGGUAUCUACAGGCCAGAUAUGCUGCAGUUGUUGAUGGAUCAGAGCAACAAGAAGGAAGGUAAAGGGUUAACCAAUUUCAACAUUGCUUCCCACGCUUUUGGCUUCUACUUUGGUGGUUUCGAUUCGGUGGCCACGCAGACGUGUUUCGUGUUUCAAAUGUUGGCUGAAAAUCCUGAUGUCCAGGCUAAACUUCAAGCAGAGAUCGACGAGGUUUUAGAGAAUAAUAAUGGGCAAUUGACUUACGAAGCGAUAUCAGGAAUGACGUAUCUGGACGCAGUGGUCAACGAGACCAUGAGAUUAUAUGGUAUUUCCUUCGUCUUGGAUAGGGUAUCUACCAAGGCUUUCGAGUUACCUCCAGCGGUGCCUGGAGCCAAACCUUUCACCGUGCAACCUAGAACCAACAUUUGGAUCCCAGCCUCUGCCAUCCAUAGGGACCCGAAAUAUUAUGAGAAUCCGGACAAAUUUGAACCGGAAAGAUUCGUGAAUGAUAAGAGCAUCAUCAACUCGGGAGCUUUUAUGCCUUUUGGUGCUGGACCGAGGAUGUGUAUCGGGAACAGGUUCGCGUUGACGAAGAUGAAGGUGAUAAUUUGCCACAUUCUGGCUCGUUGUGAGGUUAAACUGAGUCCGAAGAGCCGAGUUCCUUUGGAAAUGUCUACAUCAUCGUUCGCUCUGCAACCUAAAAAUGGAUUCUUGUUGCGAGUUGAGCCUAGGAAGAAUAUUCCUACUGUGAACGUUGAUUGGAUUAAUGGAGUUAGUCAAUAACUAAAUUGUUUUUUAAAUGACUAUUGCUUGUAUUGGUGGAAUCAGAUAUAGAAAUUUGUGGAAUUAAUCGAUAUGAUUUAGAAUUACAUUUAUAUGGAAGGAUUUUAUUUGCGAAUAAAUGGUUGAUGCAGUUUUACGCGUUCGUUCUCAACGGGAGGCAUAGCCGAACUGCCGCAAAGCUUUCCCGUGAUUUCUCGAAAAAACGUUAAUAACAAAACACUAUCAACGGCCGGUCCGGACUCGCCAUCGACGCAAUAACUGCUACAGGUGCCUUCAAAAAGGAAGUGGCUUACAUAUAUUUAUUUAUGUAAAUGUCAGGAGAAAUAUUAUGAUGGUACUAAAAAGAAAAGAUGAAGACAAGUUAUGUUAUUGUUAAAUAAAAUAUAACGUUUAAUGAAUUAAAAUUGGGGACAAAAAUUUAUUAAUUAUUAUCCCUCGAUUGCUGUUAAUCAACUGUAGUCUUACUACGAAUCAUUUAUGUCAUUUUAAAAAAUAAUUAAUACUGGAUUCCUUAAAAUAUGCAAAGUAACUGCUCGUAAUUUUUCGGGAGAUCGUUUACUACAUUGUCGAGAUAAUGACUUGACUGCUGUGGCACGUCCCAUUAAUAAUUAAUAUAGAUAAGCUUUGACAGUAUAUUAGCUCGUUGUUAAGAAAUGUACACGUGAAUCAGGGAACGCCUGACACGUUAUCACUAUUAUAGAUACAAGACUGUAAAUUUUAGAUGCUUACAAAACAUGACUAUGCAAAUAUUAAACAUCCAAAGAUACGUUUAUUUACACUUUCCUAAAUGAUUUGCACUUUUGUAAUCUGAUGCGUAGAUUCACCUAAAUGAAAGUUUUUAACUAUCAACUCUGAGGUAGUAUUUCAAUUGAGAAUAGAAACUAAUUACUUAACUAAUCAUCGGAUUAGCACUUUUACGUCUCACUUUGAAUUCAUGAAAUUUAUCUUGUUUCAACUUUAAUUUGAUAGCCAAAAAUAAACAUAAGAAAAUUUAUAGAAUACGAAGAAAAUUGAUAAUAGAAAAAAGAAU